UGCUGUUUCUGUUGUCGCAAGAGCCAGUUCUAGUGUACAAAGUGAUUGAAUUUUUUGGAAUUUUGCUGAAUUAUAAAAUUGAUUUUGAAGACAAAAAAACAGAAAACAAACGUUGGGUUCUGAGUCGGAGAUAAGUGGCAUGGAACUCUGACUCAGUGCUGGAUAUUUUGAGCCUCUGGGUUGGUGCCACGUGUAUACAGAGAUGAGAUUUGAGAUUGGCGGUGGAGAAUUGGAGGAAGGAGAGUAGCGGUCGUUAGCCCCAUCACUCCUUUUAUAGAGAAUCGCAGAGGAUUACUGCAAAUUCUGCUGCAGACGAAAAGAAGAAGCCAUUUUCCCAUUUGCAUUGCAGAGAGAGAGAGAGAGAGAGAGAGAGAGAACCCAAUCCUUCCACAUUGGCUUUGGAGAUAACAAACCUGAUCAUGUCCAAUGAUUUAGGCAACCAAUUAAAUAUUUGGAAAACAUAACAACAUUUAUUAUAUAUUCUAUUAAAAAUUAUUUAAUAAAUUUGACAUCUGCUACCGUAAAAGGAUUUGCCUUCAAUUGAUUCAGUGCCACAUAAGAAAUUGAAGCCUCAAUUGGAGAGAGUUUAUUGUCAUUUUUUUACUAUUGUAUGUCUAUGUGGCAGUUUUGAUAUCUCCUUUGGAGAUGCUGUAAGUUUGAAUCUCCCUCUAUGUACCAAUUUAGAAUGCUGUCUUGUUUUUGUUUUUGAACAAACGAUAAUCUACACUGAGGAUGUGAGAUAUUAGGUUAAACCUCAAAAUGAUGUCUUGUUCAAAAGUUAUAAAAAACAAUUGUCAAGAUAAGAAACUGUCCCAUGAAUCAUGUAUCUUCGAUUCUCUCUCAAGAAAAAAAAAAAACAAAACAAAACAAAAUGGUUAAAACAUGAUGAGAAGAUAAGAAACUGCUCACUUGAGUUGCAGACUGUGGCACGUGUAUCCUUAGGUAUUGCACCAAUAUAUCCGAUUACAAAACGACUAUCGAACAAGUCCUUAACUAGUCUGACACACUAACUUCCAUUGAUUUUUUCUAUCUAUCUUAAAUUAAUCACUCACUUGACUUUGAUUAAUUUAGGUUUUCUUAAAAUUGUCAACUUGGUUAAUUACCAAAAACAGUUUGUCAAGAUAAGAAACCGCUCCGCUUCGCUCCACUGAAGAGUUGCAGGCUGCAUGGUUUAGCACACUGGUUUUCAUUGGGGCAACAGUGUCUUUCCAUAUCUGUAGGGGACCUGAUUAGCGAAGUAGUUCCUAGUCUUCGACCUUCAUUUACUCAUCACUUAAUCACCCAACAAACUUAAUUACUGCCCACCAAACCACUAAAUUACAGAUAAUUGGGAAAGAAGAAUUCAUUGGUUAACUAUAAACAGAUGAUUAAUUAGGGUUGGGAAAUGGAAUUUCUAUCCCUCUCUCUCUCUCUCUCUCUCUCUCUCUCUCUCUCUCUCUCUCUUAUGAUCUUAUCUCUUGUGUUCCCAAGCCCAUACAGCCCUCUGUGUCAAGCACUCUCUUUAAUAAUUAUACUCAGAGACUCUUCACAUUUUCCAACUCUUUGAGAAGUUAGGUUCUGAACUCUCUUAUUUAACACUUUUGAUCAGAAAAACACCCCAUGCGCCAAACCUCCAAGACACUUAUCCCACAUUUUCCUUCGUUUUCUCUGUCGCUUAUUUCUCAACUCUCUACCCAUUUCUUCAACUCUUCUACUGCCUCUCAAGACAUGGAAGACGAAGAGAACGGCGUCACGGAAGUUGAUCACCAAGAGAGCAAUGCAGAAGAAGAUAGAGACGCAAACUCCAGAGUGUUUCCGUGCCUCUUUUGUUCAAGAAAGUUUUACAGUUCUCAAGCACUGGGAGGGCACCAAAACGCUCAUAAGAAAGAAAGAACGGCUGCAAGAAAAGCGAAACGCGCUUCUGACUACGCUUCCUCGAUGAAUUUCCCAAUACUAUCCCAUAACACACAACCCCACAUGGUUUUUGCUCCAAACUAUCACUUAGGCCUCUUGCAUCCUUAUAUAACUGCCCAUGCAUCCAAUCUCCGAUACUUUGCGAAUCCUGAUCAGUUCUCAUCAGACAGUUUCGGAUCCAACGGAGUACCAAAGUUUGAGAAUUUAGCAUAUUAUGGUGGGAAUGGCUCGUCGCCGAGCAAUAACAUGAAUGGUUAUCAGUGUGAGGAGGAUGAGCAAAGUUUCUUGAAUUGGCAGAGGAGCAUAAGAUACAAUGGCCUCAGUGGAGGAGGUUCAUCACAACAUUCAUCAAUGGCGAAUGGGAAUCACAAUUCCGGGAUUGGUGGUGAAUGUAAGGGUAAAGAGCAAAAGCUUGAUCUUUCUCUCCAUUUGUAGAAAUAGUGAGGGUGGAUUGUGGAGUUGCAAUUUUGGUCAUGAUAAUAAGCAUCUCUUUAGCUUUAAGUUAGUCUUUUUUGAGAUAUUGUACUUGCAAAUUUGUCAUGGGAUUUUUUGCCUUAUUGACAUGAUUAGUUGGAUAUAACGAUUUCUCUGUACAUCUUUUCUCGUUUUGCACAUGUAAUUUUAUUUUAUUUUUAAUUCUUUUAUAGUUUAUUCAACUUCAUAGUAAAAAAUGAGCACGAAUGUGUUGUGUGUAUGUGGAAAAAAUUAGUG